AUGAGCGGUACAUCUCACUCUCCCAAAGACCUUAACCUUCAGUGCCCGCCGAAGGACGGCUCGCUGAACCAUGCCGAAGUUCUCGAGUUCAACGCGAAGCACAAUCCGGACGCACCAUUCUGGAUGUUCGCUCGCGAUGCAGAGGUCGACGACCUCGUUACUAUAUCUCACCGAGAGUUCCGAGACGCUUGUCACCGCGUAGCGCAUAUUCUGCGCCCAAGAAGGGCUGGCCCCGAACGUCAGGUCGUCGGUAUCAUCGCAAACUCGGACUCGAUAUUGUACCAGACUUAUGUCAUGUCCAUGAUUGUCGCGGGGAUGGUGCCCUUCCCCAUUUCCCAGAGGAAUUCGGCACCAGCCGUCGUGAGCAUGAUCACGAAAGUCUCGUGUCAUCAUAUCCUUGCUACGCCCGACGUCGCAAGUACGCUCAUCCAUGAUGUCAAACGAGAGCUGGAGGCGUCGGACUAUGCGGUUCAUGUCAUUGACCCGCCUGAACUAGCCCUCGUCUUUCCUCAGGUCGUCUCUAAGGAUGCCUCCGUACCUCCAGUAGAAGAAUAUCCUGCCGUUGGACAGCGUCCUUCACUCUCGGAGGUUAUGGUAUACUUGCAUUCAUCGGGUAGCACUGGUUUUCCCAAGCCGAUUCCGCAGACAUACCAGACGUCAUUGGACUGGACCCACCUUCCAUGUAUACACGAUGUGCCUUCGUAUCCCACCUUCUUGCGCGUCGGCGGCAUGUCGCUGCCUUCCUUUCACACGCUCGGGCUCGAGACACAGCUAUACAUGCCCAUGUUUGCGCUUCGCCCCGUCGUCCAUUUCCGACCGUCAGCGCUCGACUCGUAUACUGCUCUUCCUGUCGUACCUAACGCAGACAACCUUAUCGAAUACAUCAAGAAGACCAAAGUCAACACCGUAACCGUCGUCCCCUCUUUCGUCGAGCAGUGGGCGAGCAACCCCCGCCAUAUCGAGGUUCUCAAGGGACUAGAGUUUGUGGUUUUCUCCGGCGGCCCGCUCUCCCUGAAGUGCGGCAACCAGUUGACUGCCGCAGGUGUUUGCCUCACCUCCCUGUAUGGCGCAACUGAGUUCGCGGCGGCUGCGUGCUGUGUGCCUGAUCCACACACGCACGUAUGCGAGGACUGGGCGUGGACCCGGCUACCAGACAUUAUGAAGACGCGGUGGAUUUCUCAAGGCGAUGGCACGUAUGAGUUGCAUAUCCUGACGUCAGACACAUUCCGUCCCUCCGUAGAGAACCUCCCCGAUGUCCGUGGGUACGCGACCUCGGACGUCUUUGCGAAGCAUCCGACGAAGGAAGGCUUUUGGCGGAUCGUCGGCCGUGCAGACGACGUCAUCAUCCUCUCCACCGGUGAGAAGACUGUCCCACUCCCCAUGGAGGGCGCGAUCCUCGCAAAUCCAGCCGUCGGCGGUGUCGUGCUCUUCGGGCGCGAGCGCACGCAAAUCGGCGCCCUCGUCGAGCCGCGUCCAGGGUACGAGGUGGACGUGAAUGACCCAGCCCAGAUCGCCAAGUUCCGAAACUUGAUAUGGCCCGACGUGGAAGAGGCAAACAAAGAUGCACCCGCAUUCAGCCGUAUCUUCAAAGAGAUGAUCCUGGUCGUGAGCACAGACAAGCCGAUGCUCCGCGCUGGGAAGGGUACGGUGAACAAAAAAGCGACGGUCAAAUAUUACGAACCCGAGAUCAACGAGCUAUACGAAACAGUUUUGGCCAGCGCAAGUGCAGGUGCAGAUGUCCCAUUGCCCGAAAGCUGGACUCCGGGUGCCGUCGAGACGUGGCUUCAGACCCACAUCGAGCACGUAAACAGCGGGAAGAAGGCAGCCCCUGAGGUGGACCUUUUUGCGCAAGGCUUCGAUAGCUUGUCAGCGACAUUCCUGCGAAACCGCAUUAUCGGCUCGCUCAAACACGCGUCUGACCCGGAGCUCAGAGAACACGCGAACAAGGUCAGCCAGAACGUCGUCUUUGCCAAUCCGACGGUGCGCCAGCUUGCGCAGGCCGUGUGCGCGAUUGUCAGAGGGGACGUCAGCGAGGCCGCGGUCGAUGUGACUUACCAUGUGGACGCGAUCGAGGCGAUGGUCGCGAAGUAUUCGGCUGGUCUCCCCGGAUCCGUAGGGAAUGUUGGGCUGAAUGGACAUGCUGGUGUGAAUGGCAAGGAUCACGGUGGGAGCACCGUCCUUCUGACGGGAUCGACGGGUGCGCUGGGCAGCGAGCUCCUCGUGGAGCUUCUUGGACGGGACGAUGUGCGGACGGUGUAUGCAUUCAACCGGUCUUCUGGCAGGGGCGAGCCUCUGCAUGAACGACAGUCUGCGUCAUUCGAGCAGCGAGGCUUUGACACGGAAUUACUAAAGUCCGACAAGCUAGUGUUCGUCGAGGGUGACACCACACAGGAUAAGCUAGGGCUUAGCGACGACCUUUAUGAGAAAAUCCGCAGCUCGGCAACGCACAUCAUCCACAACGCGUGGCGCGUCGACUUCAACCUUGCCCUCUCCUCGUUCGAAUCCCAAGUUCGAGGCGCACGUAACCUGAUCAACCUCGCCCAUACAGCAAAAUUUUCAGGUCAAAGCAGAGUGCGGUUCAUGUUCGCUUCGUCCAUCUCCGCCGCGCAGGCAUGGCCAUGGGAUCCGCGCGAGGGCGCAGGCAGUGUGCCAGAGGACGUGAUCGCCGAUGGGCGGUGGGCGGUGGGCAACGGGUACGGGGAGGGCAAAUAUGUCACCGAGCGGAUCCUGGCACAAAGCGGCCUCCCAGCGACGUCCUUCCGCAUCGGACAGAUGUCAGGCGGCCCACCACGCGGUGCGUGGUCGACGACGGAGUGGUUCCCGAUCAUCGUCCAGUCCAGCGUCAGCAUGGGCUUGUUGCCUGAUGCAGCGGGGGUAGCAUCGUGGCUCCCAAUGGAGGCUGUCGCGCGUGCGAUGCUCGACGUCGCGUUUGCUCCCGUGGAGCCGCCGAGCGUGCUCAACCUCGUGCAUCCGCGCGCAACGCGCUGGUCCGAUCUCAUUGCGCCCAUCAACGGGGCGCUGGCGCGCACAGUGACCGGGGAGAAGGAGCUCCCCGUCGUCCCGUUCGCCGAGUGGUUUGCAGAGCUCGAGAGGAGGUCGCAGAGCAAGGACGCGGGCGACGAGGCAGAGAUCAGGAGACUGCCCGCCCUGAAACUGCUCGACUUUAUGCGCAAUCUCGCCCGAGCAGACACCACGCUGCGUUCGCUAGCACCCAGCUCUAAUGUUGACAGCGCGAACGUGGGCGGGGCCGACGUCGACGUCGAGUCUGUAGGAUUCCAGCCAUUCGCGACUACCAAAGCGCAACAAGCGAGCAAAACGAUGCGCACGCUGGCGCCGCUCACAGCGCGGGAAGCAGCGCGUUGGGUCGAGUACUGGAACUCGGUGGGCAUGUUCUCGGAGGUGUGACUGGACACGAGCGCGGUGGAGGAGAAGAAGAGGCGGUGGCGGCAAAAGAGGAUGGUAACGCCUACAACAGAGAUAGAUAAAGCACGUACAGUAUCCGGCUUGCAGCAGAUGCGAUGAGUGUCUUUCACUCCGACGAGCCAGGGGCGCAAGAUGGCGAAGACACAGCUUGCUGGAGGCAGAACGGAGUCUAUAUAUGCUCGGUUUUCU